CCGCGUCCCCAUUCCCAAAGGCUCCUCCUCGGCUCCCGGCCCCGAACCACCUGCGAGCACCCGGGCGGGGCGGGGCCGGUCCGAGCACCGGGUCCCUCCUCUGCUGUGCCUGCGGCCGGCACGGGAGAGGCUCCGGCGGCGCUGCACGGCACGGCGCGGCACGGUACGGCACGGUACGGUCCCGGCGGGACCCGCGGAGCCUCCGCCGCGCUCCGAGCGGCCCAGGGGGAGCCGAGCCCUGCCCUGCCCUGCCCGGGGAAGCGGCGGUGCCGGCCCAGGGCAGCGAGUCCCGGCGGGGCAGCGCUCACGGGCAUGGACAAGCUCAACAGGCUGACGGUGCCGGCCGGCGAGAAGUUCAGGAAGCUUCAAAAGAUGGUGCAUGACAUCAAGAAAAAUGAAACUGGGAUAAUAAACAAGUUCAAAAAGUUCCAAAAUGAACAAGUGGCCUUAAUUUGCAAAACUGGGAAAGAUACUUGGGAUCGGCUUAAAAAAAAGUCACCACCAAGCCUACCACAAAGGGAUUAUGCUUCAGAACAUGCAGACAACGAAGAGGAGCAAUGGUCAGAUGAUUUUGACAGUGAUUAUGAAAAUCCAGAUGAGCACUCUGACUCUGAGAUGUAUGUGGUCCCCAGUGAAGAGAAUCCUGAUGACAGCUAUGAGCCACCUCCAAGUGAGAAGGAGAAAAAGAAGAUUCCCUCUGCAUUCCCUAUUUCUAGGGGUGAAUAUGCAGACAAUCGCACCAGUCACCAGCCGCUUCCACCCAUCAACAAACCUCUCCCAAGCACGCCCAGUCCAGCCCUGUCCAGACCAAAGAAACCAUGUGUGCCGUCCAUGCCAUCGCCAUCUCCUGCUGCRAAACCUAAAGUGCCACCAAAGCCUAGGGAGUGCAGUGAUGAUGAGGAUAAUUACAUUGUGCCAGUGGACAAUGAGGAYGAUAACUAUAUUGAACCCACAGAAAGCAGCAUGUCUCUACCUGCAAGAUCUCCUGUGAACAGAUUUAUGAAGAAAACAAAGCCAGCCCCUCCUAUUUCUCCAAAACCUUCUCUUACUUCUGAUAUGCAAGAAGUCUAUGAGGUUCCUGAAGAAGAGGAAAAGCCAUCACCACCACUGAUAACCAGRUUUACCAAGCCACUGAUGUCUAUCCCUGCUCAGAAUACAGAGCACUCCCACAUGCACAGCGUGACCAGAGAGUCACCUAAGCAGGAUACUUCCAGAAAUAUUUUGCCUCUCCCCAGAAGUCGUCUUCAUCCAAAAACAGACCAUGAAGCAAGCAAUAAUGAUGAAAGUCAGAGGUUCAAUAACACACAAGAAUCCAGAUUUCCCACUGGAGCAGCUCCAUCUCCCUUACCAAGGGGCCUCAAGAAAACUUCCAAUCCAGUAAUUCCCCCCAAACCAUGCUUACCCUCCAGAGACACCUUAACUGCAAAUGAAGAAAAACCUACGGCACCAGAACGRCGACGAAGUUCCAACCAGGAGCUUCCACUUCCACCCCUUCCGAGUGGUGCCCAAAAGCCUCUGCUUCAGAAGUCCUCAAUUCUGCCAAAAGUGCCAGAAGCUGCAAGCCGUUCUCUGGGUGUUUCCCCUCACAGCAGCACUUCAUCUAUUUCAGGAUCUGCAGACCAGGAUGCUGGUGUUCACAGUAAAGCAUGGUAUGCUGCUACCUGUGAUAGGAAAAUGGCAGAAGAUGCAUUGUACCGAUCAAACAAGGACGGAUCUUUUCUAAUAAGGAAGAGUUCUGGACAGGACUCACGACAACCAUAUACCCUGGUUGUGUUUUACAACAGAAGAGUGUACAACGUUCCCAUACGAUUCAUUGAAUCAACAAGACAAUAUGCACUGGGCAGAGAAAAAAGUGGUGAAGAGCGCUUUGACAGUGUUGCUGAAAUAGUAGAGAAUCAUCAGCGCACCUCCCUGGUUCUAAUUGACAGCCAAAACAACACAAAAGACUCAACAAAACUGAAGCAUAUUGUAAGAGUUUCUUAAUCAAACUGAACUGCUAAAAUGAAGACUUCUUUAAUAAUUUCUUUCAACUUACCAAGACAUGGACAAGGCAUUAAAAGAAGAAAAUCCAAAAUGAUGGGAAACACUCUAUAAGAGCACCUACCGAGUAGUAAGAAAURCAGUUCUUAGAGUUCAACCCCACAYUGCUUUUAACAGAAAAGGGUUCACACUUAACACAGGAAGCCAAAGUAGAUGCACUGUCAUCUGUGACAACACAGCUGUCCAAAAUCAUAUGAAGAACUGCAUACCACAGCCUGGUCCUUUGCUAUUGGAAGAUUUCUUGUAGGGCAUUUACAUUUUAAAAAUGAAAACAUCCAUGGUGAUCUACUCUUUCAAUUUAUGUUUACCACAUAUCACUGCUUUCAGCAAUUUUUUUGUAAAGUGCACUGCCCCAGAAAUUAGAGCAACUUGACCUACUGUAUCACUGUGCACAAGUUGAAAAUAGGACUGUACUUUGUGUGGCAAUAAAUCCACCUGAAUGUUUUCGAUUUAUGGA